AUCGACAUACUCUUGACCGCUGCGACCGGGGCCAACCAAGCCACGCGCGUUGACGCUGACCGUCCUCAUCCGAGCUCCACCGGCCUUCUCGCCCGCUUCGGGACUUGAACUGGGCGCCUCAGCCCGUCUGCUCGGGUCGAUACUUCAGCCCUGGUUCUCACCCCCUUGGAUUUCCCCCCCAGCACGCUCCAAGAUCUUGAUAAACUAUCUUGAUCGCGAUCUCUCUCUCUCUCUCGCCUCAGCGCUUCUCUCUUCUCUCCGCUCCUCUCCUCUCUUCUCCUCUCAAGGCUCACCCUCCCCUUCACCCUCGUCCUCGCCCUGUGAUCAUCACAUCGCACUCUCCGCGACUUCACCUGCCUCACUAUCCUUAUCCUUAUCGCAACAAUCUCGCAAAAUGGCUACUCACGUGUCUGCCCCGACGCAAACUGCCCCCGCGGCGACCACGAGCCAAAUUUCCAUCUACGGUCACCCUUCACCAGCCAACUCGGCCACCACCACGCCCACCAACAAUUCUCCCACCUCGCCGCGGCUGACCAACGCGACCCUGCACCAGCUGCCCUUGCAGUCGCGCCAGCUGCGCCCCCUCAAAUCGCCGCUCUACGUCCCGGCUGCCCUGCGUCCGACAGAGAGACCGCAGAAGCCGUCGCCGCUCACCCCUCCCCGCAGUGUCCACGGCUCCCUCGACAGCCUGAACGAGGGCGAGACAAACGAACCCAUCACUCGCCGGUCGACGGUGGAGAGCAGCAAGAGCGGCAUCAGUAAACUAGCCGAGGACGAGUGGAUGAAGGGAGAACACCUCGGCGAGGUCACGGGAAUACCGACGAAAGAACACUGGAAGGCGGACUCUGCAUCUCCCAACUGUGAUUCGCCUACCUGUCGAUCUUCUUUCGGUCUCUUUCUGCGCCGUCACCAUUGCCGUCACUGUGGCCAUGUCUUCUGCUCCUCUCAUACUCCCCAUGUGAUUCCACUCGACCAGAAUGCUCGCUUCCACCCGGAUGGAGUUCCAUCGCGUGCCUGCGAGCUGUGCUACAGUGCAUACCAGCGCUGGGAGGAGACGCGGUCGAAACGCCUGGACCGCAUUCAGACCUUGCUGGACGCUCAGUCCGGAGAUCCUACCGCUGUCAAGCGCAUUGCCAAUGGAGAAACCCAGGAAGGGAACGACCAGGACGCUUUCGCGGCCUCGUUGAAUCAACAAUCCGAGAUCGCCGCCAGUGUGCCCCGGGACUGGAACUGGAGCACCUUUUGAAGCAGCAGCAUCACAAACUUCUUCCGAACUUCUCCUCAAUUGCGUCCUCCCAAGUGCCAUGGAGAGGCCCCCCUCACCUUUGCAUUGUCGAUUUAUGAUUCCCACUACGCAUCUCUUGAUGAGCGUUCUGCGAUCUUCUUUUUUUCUUUUCUUGUCUUCUGCGAUUGUUGGGCGAAUAAUUUUCGUCGGGCUUAUGCUCAUGCCCCCUAGACUUCAUUUCAGAUCUAUGUACGAUUUAGCCCUUGCCCCUUGUUUCUGUUGUCAUCGCCGUGGAGUUUCGGAGGCUGGCUAGCCUUAUUUAUUUGCUGGAGUCUCGGCUGUUUUUCAUUUUGAUUUCGGGUUUUAGACGGCCGU